AUGUCCGCACGCGACAUCAAAGACACCCGCAGGAUACAACCAGAGUUUGCACCUGCAGAAAGCAGUCGGCGAACUCGCCUUCCGCCUUCAGGACAGCGGCAAACAGAUACCCACGGGGUCGAUACCGAACCAAGCUCUUCCAGAAGGCGCGCAGCAUUUGCUCCUACUCUUACCAAUACCGAGCAAGCUGCCCUGAGCUCUAUGACAACUACUCCCAACCCUACACCAUCUCAAGUGGACAGUCAGACUAUCCAGCGUCACGAAUUGUUCCUUUCUCGGCUAGCCGCUGCCACACAUGGUUCUUCGACAUCUAUACCAGCAGCGAAGGCAGCGAUUCGCUCCUAUCGCUCUUCUGAGUCAUCCGCAGGCGAUCUCAUCACUACCUUCUACAAUAUUCUCGAUCAAGAUCUUGACACCGUCGGUGUCUUUAUAUCGUCCCUCGUAGACCUGUUGGAUGAUGAGAGUAAGAAGAGGACCCUUUUGACCGCAUGGAACGGGUUCAAAAUACAGAAGCAAGAAGAGUUUCCAUCAUUAGGCCCAACAUUCUCAGCGGCGGGUGGUACUUCUUGGGCGUCAGGCGGUCGAACCCUUCGUGUCAAAAAGCAGCAAGCUCAGAGCAAGCACAGCCAAGUUUGGGCCCGAGUCGAGCGCGCCGCCGCAUCUGUAUCAACAUCUGGACCGAACACAAGAAUAACAGCCGGUCAAACACCAUGGUCUCGCUCGGCCAAGUUGACAACACCUCAUCAAGCCUUAUCAUCGUCCAUGUCUACAUUGUCUAUCAAGUCUCCGAGUACAUCCGCAGAUAAUACCGCGUUUCCAUCACUUCCAUCAAAUGCGCCAAUACGCGUUCCCCGAGAAUUUGUCUCUGGCCGAAAUCAGGGUGGAGGAUCUCGGACCAAUGCCUGGUCAGGAGAAAACGCUACAGAGGAAGGACUAGUAGCCGAUGCGUUAGCUGCGUCUUCAAAGCGGAAAAAGUCAUCAAAGCAGACUUUAUUCACACUUGGGUCAACUAGAUAG